AACUUUCUCAUGGAUGAUUCUGAAGAACUUUGACAUACCAUUUACUUAACCAAGGUCCAAGCUACACACACAAAUGGCCUCCCCACCCAAACAAGACCAGCCAAGUCUCUCUUUCUCUUAACCGCAUUUUCACUUUCAUUGCAUUCAUCAUUCAUAAAACUAAUCACUUCUUACUUAUCCUCAUUCUCUAAUUCGAUUCUACUAUGAAGUCUUCACAAUCCUCCAGAAAAAAGGUGGCUGUUGUUGGCGCUGGUGUUAGUGGGCUUGCUGCGGCCUACAAAUUGAAAUCACAUGGUUUCGAUGUUACGGUGCUUGAAGCAGAUGAAAGAGCUGGAGGAAAGUUAAGAAGUGUCUCAUACAAAGGACUUAUCUGGGAUGAAGGAGCGAAUACAAUGACUGAGAGUGAACCAGAGGUCCAGUGCUUACUUGAUGAUCUUGGACUUCGAGACAAACAACAAUUUCCAAUUUCUCAAAAUAAACGAUAUAUAGUGAGGAAUGGGGUGCCAGUACUGUUGCCUACAAAUCCCAUUGCAUUGAUCAAGAGCAACUUUCUCUCUGCAAAAUCAAAGUUUCAGAUCAUUUUGGAGCCAUUUUUGUGGAAAAAGUACGAUUCAUCGAAAGUGUCAGAUGAUGGUACUGAUGAAAGUGUGGGUGGGUUCUUUCAGCGCCACUUUGGAAAAGAGGUUGUUGACUAUCUAAUUGACCCUAUUGUUGCUGGUACAAGUGCUGGAGAUCCUGACUCUCUUUCUAUGAGUCAUUCAUUUCCGGAGCUGUGGAAUAUAGAGAAAAGGUUUGGUUCUAUUUUAGCCGGAUUAGUCCUCUCAAAAUUCUCUACCAAAAAGGAGAGUGGUGGAGUGAGAAAUGGUACUACAGAAAAAAGGAAACCUCGCCGUGGUUCCUUUUCCUUUCAGAAUGGAAUGCAGACACUCACUGAUACACUAAGCAAAGAGCUUGGUGAGGACGCACUUAAGUUAAGAUCUGAAGUUUUGUCACUAUCUUACAAUGCUGGGAAAUACGCAUCACAAAAUUGGUCACUCAUUUAUUCUAAGGACAAGAAUUCAAAGGAUUUAAUUGCUGAUGCUGUUAUCAUGACGGCUCCUGUUUGCAGUGUCAGAGAAAUGAAGUUUAUGAAAGGAGGAAUUCCCUUUCCCCUAAAUUUUCUUCCCGAGGUGGCUUACAUGCCGUUAUCCGUCAUGAUAACUACCUUCAGAAAGGAGAGUGUUAAGCGACCACUGGAAGGAUUUGGAGUUCUUGUACCUUCCUUAGAACAACAAAAUGGUUUAAGAACCCUUGGCACGCUCUUUUCCUCCAUGAUGUUUCCAAAUCGUGCAUCAAACGAUGAAUAUCUGUAUACUACUUUUAUUGGAGGGAGUCGAAACAGGGAGCUUGCAAAGUCAUCAACAGACGAGUUAAAGCAAAUUGUUACAACGGAUCUGAGACAGCUGUUGGGAGUUGAAGGAGAGCCCACUUUUGUCAACCAUUUCUAUUGGAGCAAAGCAUUUCCCUUAUAUGGGCGUAACUAUGAUUCAGUUGUGAAGGCGAUUGAAACAAUGGAAAAAAAUCUUCCUGGUUUCUUUUAUGCAGGUAACCACAGGGAUGGUUUGUCUGUUGGCAAAUCUAUAGCCUCCGGAUGUAAAGCUGCUGAUCUUGUAAUUUCUUAUCUGGAAUCUUCUACUGACCAAUCAUGCGCUGAAUAACAACAUUAAUCGGAAAAAUAAAAGUGCAACCUUGUUAUACAGGGCUUCCUCUCAAAUUGUUGGAAGAAUCAGCAACAAUUUUCUGCUAAGUAAUUUUCUGGUCAUUGCAAUUAUUAACUUCCAAGUUGCAAUGAAUAUCCAUUCCAUCUACUGGAAUGGUAAUGCUGUGCUGUAAUUCUUGUCUUCUGCACUGAAAGACAAAAAAAUAAAAUGAGUAUAUAUUUGUUCUCCAAUGACCAAUCCAAUCUAUGCGGUUACAAAUAUUAAACUUUGGACCUAUGGUAACAACACGCUCUUCAUCUUGUCGUAUUUGAAGAGCAUGUUCUCAAGCCUACUGUCACUUGCGUGCUUAAGCAGUAGCACAACCAGCUAGCUUUUAAGAAAAGUAGUGUGUUUUACUGUUUCAAGUGGGUUUAUAUAAACAAUGCAGAAAACCAAGUUAAAGUCUGAUCUAUACCCAUCUGACGUUUGGAUCCUAUUCCCUCAACCAACCAAGUAAUUGGAUAUUCCACUUCUGUUUUGUUAA